GGGAAAUCUGAAUUUCAAUCUCAUUUCUUCUUCGUUGACAGAAAUUAGGGUUCAUUUGAAUUCUCCUUUUCACCCUCUCAGCUCAGGGGAGAUUCUGAAGAUCUGAUUGAAAUCAGGCUCCGAGCUCUCGUAGUUUCUUCUCGGAUCCGAAUACUAAGUUCUUUGAAGGGAGGAUAGGAUUAUCUCAAGAACUGAGGAUAAAGUUUUGAGCUUUUAGCUGAUUUAAGGAUCAUCGUUCGAUCAUUUUUGGUUCUGCUGGAUUGGUAGUGAGGUGUUAAGAUGGAUAGGCCUAGACAAACUGAUCAUUUGGGUGUGAAUAAGACUGGGAAGAGUAUCAGGAAGAGUCCUAUCCACCAAUCCAACUUCUCUGCAAAUGCUAAUGCCUCUGCCCCUGCAAGGCCUCAAGCGCAGCCUCAGGUUUAUAGCGUGAGCAAGAACGACUUUAGAAGCGUUGUUCAGCAGCUAACUGGCUCUCCAUCGCGUGACAGUCUUCCUCGGCCUCCUCCUCAGAACAACAACAACUCACCGAGGCCUCAGAAUACUAGGUUGCAGAGGGUUAGACCAGCGCCCUUAACGGAUCUCAACCGUCCUUCGCUUCCUCCCCCUUCCAUGCCUCUACAGCAUCGUCCUCACAGCUUCGUCCAACAACAACAACAACGACCAGCUGAGUCUCCCAUCUCGGAAUAUAUGCGUUAUCUUCAAAGUUCACUUGGAGAUGCAGGUCCCAGUGGUAAUCAAAUGCAGCCAGGUCAUGAACAUCCCCCAUACAUGCCAGCUCAGCCUCAUCAUCAUCAUCCUCAGUCUCAGUCUCAACCUCAGCAACAUAUGAUGUCUGGAUCCCAACAACGAGUGGAUAUGCAGGGUCCACUACAGCCUAGUCAAUAUCAACCACCACCAGGGUUAGUUCCUAGUCCAAUGCCUCGGAAUCUUACUUUCCCUCAGUUCAAUGGUCCUGUACCUGGCACGCCAACCGUUCCCUCUCCAAGGUUCAGUCAGAUGUAUGGUGGUUUUCCUUCUCCUAGGUAUGAUGGUGGCUUUCCUUCUCCUCGGUAUAACGGUUUUGGACCACUACCCUCACCUACGUCUCAGUUUUUUCAACCAUCUCCUACUGGUUACCCGAACAUGUUCUCUCCUAGAUCACCUUACCCAUUGCUAUCACCAGGAGUCCAGUAUCCUCAACCACUUACCCCAAACUUCUCGUUUUCACAAAUAGCUCAAUCAGGAAGUCACGGACCCGGUGCAGGUCCAGGUCCAGGUCCAGGUCCUUCUCAGCCACCACCAUCUCCAGGGCUCAUGUUCCCACCUUCUCCUUCAGGGUUCUUCCCAAUCCUAAGUCCAAGAUGGGGUGGUUACUAGAUGAUCUCUCUCUCUUCAGCCUCUUAUCCGGUUUUUUCCUCAAGACUUCCUAGGUUAGUCUAUACUAUGAAAGAAGCUUAAUCUUCAGCUGCAUAGAUGUGUAGAACGCUAUAGAGAUUUUGUUCUUUCUGUUUCUGGGGUUCUCCAUAGUUAAAAGGCAAAUACUUUACUUGAGAACCCUUUGGGAUGGUGAUAUGAUUAUUUCUUUUGUUUUGUUUGUCACACAAAUUUCUUGUCUUUUGCGUAUUUUUGUACACACACCUUUGGACAUACUCUUGUUAGUUUAUAUGAUUUUUGGUUGUUUUUAAAGCAA